AUGAGUGUGGCAUCACUUUUGAUCCCAUAUUCCCAAUCACUGCCGCAUAUCUACGCGUGUGGUCUGGCAGUGGGUUUGGGGUCCGGGUGUUGGAACAGUAUUGCAAACGUAUGGCUCAUUGAGAUCUGGCAGAACCGGUCGGCGCCAUUCCUCCAGUUAAUCCAAUUCAUGUAUGGCAUCGGAACUAUUCUGUCGCCACUCGUCAAUCAGCUGUUCCUCAAUGACGAUGACAUCACCGCUAAUACACUCAGCCAUACAUUUGUCAACAAAUCGGCACAAACUGUGGAUUUGGUUGAAAUGCGAAGAGAGAGUCUUAAGACACCAUUCCUUAUCAAUGGACUCAUUCAGUUUACAUUUCCGACACUUUUGGUCCUAAUGUAUGUAAUACGAAGAUAUGAGGUGCCCGAGCAGAUAUUACCCGACACUAUUGAUUACAAGAAUAAAAAAUCGGAGCAAAAAAAGAAUUUAUUCAAAACAAGUGAUGAAAGUCCGAGAAAGACACUGAUCUUGAUGUUUGCUAUUUUACUCAUGUUUUACAACGCGUGCGAAGGCCUGCACUUCCAGUUCGGGCCCUCCUAUUACCAGAAUAUGGAGCUCAGACUCACCGCCAACAGAGCGGCCGGUAUUAUCUCAGUGCUGGCCAUCGCCUACACCAUCGGCCGGGGAGUCAACGUGUUCGUUGCCAUUAAAAUACGAGCGAAAGCUAUGAUUGAAUACCACUUUCUAAUAGUAAUCAUUGGCUUUAUAUUGCUUUUCUUUUCGCAAAAUUCAUUAGUAGUGCUCAGAAUCGCAAACCUUGUGCUGGGCUUUGGUUUCUCAGCCCUAUUCCCGGCUAUGUUUGCAUUCAUUAAGCAAUACAUUGAUAUCACUAAUCAAAUCGGAACC